CACACAUUGGACGUGCCGCCCACAACUUGCGACCAUGGACGUCGAGCAGGAAGACGCGCGCAUCCUGGCGAUCGGCGGGGCAGCGCUGGAUGAAUUUUAUGCAAUGUGCGUCGAGUCGAAGACCUUGUGGCGCACUGAAACCUGCAAGGUGUCGAAUGCGUCCAUCUGGAGCAAACCUGGCAAGUCUGUGCGACUAUUCCAAGCCGACGCGAUCGUGGAAGCCCCGCCGUCGGUCGUGUUUGACGUCCUCCACAUCAAAAUUGCCGACACUCGUGAAUGGAACACGUCCGUGGACGCGUGCACGCUCGUGAAGCAACUUGCCCCGAACGUUGAGAUCAUGCACACCCUGACAUUUGCCAUGUACGGCGGCCUCGUGUCCGCCCGCGACUUCAUCAAUGUCCGCGUCGCUAAAGAACUCGAAGACGGCAGCGGGUACAUCGUUGGCACGACCGGCAUCGAGUACAAGAACGUCCCGCGCGGCAGCGGUGUGACCCGUGGCAUGAAUGGCGUCAUGGGGUUCCUCAUCCUCCGCCACGAACGAGGCACACGGCUCGUGUGGAUCAUCAACACAGACGUAAAAGGGUGGAUUCCGCGCAGCCUCAUUGACGCAGCCAUUCCUGCCGAGAUGGAGUCGUACAUAUUGGCGCUGCGGAAGCGCGUCGUGGCUGUUCAAGCUCUGGAAUAAGUAGCUGCACCUUCGUCCCAUGCAUCAAGUGAUCCAUUGGUUUGCGUGAAGACAUAGCUCACUCGAUGCCCCAGCUGUGGUUCCUGAUGGCGAAUGUGGUAAAGUCUUCCCCGGCUCGGUGCCACCGCGCGUGCGGCGAGUCGUAUCCAUCUUGGAUAUCCGUGCCAUGGAGCCCAUGCGCGAUGCUGCAUGCAGUUCAACAGGCAAUUCUGGCUCAGCGGACGCAUCCAUGCCGCAGUGUUACGGCCACUAGCAUAUCCUCAGCGCACCGGCCUGGUUGUAGCGAGGUCUUUCGAUCACCUCCGUCGCGCCUUGACGCUAGACAUCCACCACCAUUCGCCUUGGCUCAGCACAAGUGGUCGAAUGUUCAUUCAUGGGGGUGUGCCGUUUCCAA